UUUUGCAGUUGUUUCCUCCCAUUGAGGCUAGUUGAUUAAUUCUUUGCUCCAUUAAAUUUACUUUACUACAGUGAUUUAAUCUUGAUUGCUAUCGAGCUUUUACGUUUCUAUUCUAGUGAUUUGUGUUUUCAAGUAUACAAUUCUCCAUCAUGAAAGAUAUUCAGAAACCUAAUCAACCCAAAGGAAGACAAUACGUCGUCAAAAGAGGCGGUCGAACAGAAGAUGUUCAUUUUGAUAAAAUAACAUCAAGAAUUCAAAAGCUUUGCUAUGGAUUGAAUCAAGAAUACGUAGACUCGGUCGAAAUCGCCAUGAAAGUGAUCCGAGGUUUAUUCCCGGGUGUAACAACAAUGGAAUUAGAUAACCUUGCUGCCGAAACUGCCGCUUCGAUGACUACCAGACAUCCAGACUACGCUGUGUUAGCUGCUCGUAUUGCUGUUUCCAACUUGCAUAAAGAGACUAAGAAAAUCUUUAGUGAUGUGGUGACUGAUCUCUACAAUAUGUAUAAUGAAAAAACCAAAAGAAAAAGUCCCAUGAUCUCCGAGUUUCAUUACAAUAUUAUCAUGAAAAAUGCCGAUCGUCUGAAUUCUUCGAUUAUUUACGAUCGUGAUUUCAGCUAUAAUUAUUUCGGUUUCAAGACUUUAGAAAAGUCGUAUCUACUGAAAAUAAAUGGAAAAGUUGUUGAACGACCUCAACACAUGUUGAUGCGAGUUGCCGUUGGAAUUCACGGCGAAGAUAUCGAUUCUGCGAUUGAAACCUAUAACUUAUUAUCCGAAAGAUAUUUCACUCACGCUUCUCCUACGCUGUUCAGUGCUGCUACAACAAGACCUCAGUUAUCAAGUUGUUUUCUCAUCGCUAUGGAAGAAGACAGUAUUGAAGGUAUAUUCCAUACCCUUACUACGUGUGCUUUGAUCUCCAAAUCUGCUGGCGGCGUAGGCCUACACAUCCAUAAUAUUCGAGCCACCAAUAGCUACAUCACUGGUACAAACGGAGUCUCAAAUGGUCUUGUACCCAUGUUACGUGUAUUUAAUAGCGUAGCCAGAUACGUCGAUCAAGGAGGCAAUAAACGUCCUGGAGCAUUCGCUGUGUACCUUGAACCGUGGCACGCAGAUAUAUUCGAGUUCUUAGACUUACGUAAAAAUACCGGUCACGAAGAAAUCAGAGCUAGGGAUUUAUUUUAUGCGUUGUGGAUACCCGAUGAAUUUAUGAGACGUGUAGAGAAAGAAGAAAAAUGGAGUCUGAUGUGUCCUAGUCAAUGUCCUGGUCUUCAAGAUUGCUGGGGAGAAGAAUUCGAAAAGUUGUAUAGAAAGUACGAAGAUGAGAAACGUUAUGUACGUCAAGUUGAUGCUAGAAAAUUAUGGUUCGCGAUUUUAGACUCGCAGAUUGAAACAGGAACACCUUACAUGUUAUAUAAAGAUGCCUGCAAUAGGAAAUCAAAUCACCAAAAUUUAGGAACUAUUAAAAGUAGUAACUUGUGUACCGAAAUUGUCGAAUAUAGUGCUCCCGAUGAGGUAGCUGUGUGUAAUCUUGCAUCGAUUGCUGUAAAUAUGUUCCUAAGCCACGACCAAAAAACGUACAACUUCGAAAAACUAAAAGAAAUUACUAAAACUGUAACGAGAAAUUUAAAUAAAAUCAUCGAUAACACGUACUACCCCGUUCCUCAAGCUAGAAAAUCAAACUUACGCCACCGUCCUAUUGGCAUCGGUAUCCAAGGUUUAGCUGAUUUAUUCAUCAUGAUGCGAUUGCCUUACGAAAGUGAAACGUCCCAGUUACUUAAUCAACAGAUAUUUGAAACCAUCUACUAUGGUUCUUUAGAAGCCAGCUGUGAACUUGCCAAAGAAAAAGGUCCUUACGAAACUUACGAAGGAUCUCCAGUUAGCAAAGGAGUUUUACAAUACGACAUGUGGAAUGUUACCCCGACUAAUUUAUGGGAUUGGGCUGCGUUAAAAGAAAAAAUAAAACAAUACGGUGUCAGAAAUUCUCUUCUACUUGCUCCUAUGCCUACUGCUUCCACUGCUCAAAUUUUAGGAAAUAACGAAUCGUUCGAACCGUAUACUUCAAACAUGUAUACUAGGCGAGUGUUAUCAGGAGAAUUUCAGGUAGUAAAUCAUCAUUUGCUUAAGGAUUUAGUUGAUCGAAAUUUAUGGGAUGAAAAUAUGAAAAACGAGUUGAUCCUUCAUAAUGGCUCAGUCCAGAAUAUAAACAGAAUCCCAGAUGAUUUGAAAGAGCUGUAUAAAACUGUAUGGGAAAUAAAACAAAAAAAUGUGUUGAAAAUGGCAGCCGAUCGCGGAGCUUUCAUAGAUCAAUCACAGAGUUUAAAUAUCCAUAUGGCAAAUCCGAAUUAUUCGACAUUAACUUCGAUGCAUUUCUACGGCUGGAAAUUGGGUUUGAAAACUGGUAUGUAUUACUUAAGAACGAAACCUGCCGCAGACGCUAUUCAAUUCACUGUCGAUAAGUCGAAAGCUGCCAUGUCUUCAGAAAUCGGUAAAAAAGAGCAGAAUGGAACUGCCACCGAUAAAGAAUCAGAAGACUAUUACCUACGUAAAUUAACAUGUUCCCUGCAGAACAAAGAAGAUUGUUUGAUGUGCGGAUCGUGAUUUUUUUCUACUCGAUUUCUCGGUGUAUAUUUUUGUAGCGCAAUUUUUUCCUUCCCACUUUAUAUUUUCUCAUCUUUAUUUUUAAUUAUAAUUUUUGACUGUUCUUUAAUUUUAUUAAUAAUUUUUAUGAAUAAAGGGAAUAUUAUUUGAAGAAA